CGGACGCCAGUGAGAAACCCACUCACUAGCAGAGAGCAUCAGCUGUGGUGUGUCGGAGAAACUUCCUUCCAGCACUCCUCCUCCUGCUUUCCCAAAUACAUAUUUUUCUGUAACUUCUCUCAGGAGGAGCCUCCAUCAACAGGCUGGUUACUGGCUGGGUUUUGUGUGUUUUCUGUCCUGUUUCUCUGCUCUAUCCGGACGCUUCUCCAGGAGGGUUUUCCUUGCUGCGGUGCGUUCAGGUUCAGGACACAUCGGGGUGCAAACUGUGAGUGACUCCACCAAGUUUCCCCCCCUUUCAUUCUGCCUGAGGAAUGAGAGGAAGAGCCGACAAAAACUCGCAUGUUUGAAUGAACAAAAGGGCAGAAAGCGACGCUAUUGCCGCCGAAAUGGAGGAAAAUACUCUCCCAGGAUCAACAUCUCCCCUCUCGGCUCUGAACGCAAACCCUACGAGGCCGGACCCGGAGGGGGAGAGCAGCCCCCCGAAGACGGACAACACAGAGAGAAUGGAUUCUCCAGCGAAGAAAGAUGCAGACCGGAGACUGAAUACCCCCACGAAAUCUGACGUUAUCCAGCGAUCACCUGGGUCACCGGCAUCACCUGUCCCCAGGUCGAAAAGUGGUAAAGACAGCAUAAAGUCAGGGGAGAGGCAGAAGCUUGCCAAGGAGCGGAGAGAGGAAAAGGCCAAAUAUCUUGAAGAGCUCAGCAUGUUACAAGCUGCUAAAAAGUCCCAGUGGCUGGAGAAGGAGGAGAAGGCACGGCAGCUGAGAGAGCAGCAGCUGGAGGAGCGCCGCAGGAAGCUCGAGCAACAGCGGAUCAAGGCGGAAAAACGGCGAGCCGCCCUGGAGGAGAGGCAGAAACAGAAACUGGAGAAGAAUAAAGAACGCUACGAGGCAGCCAUCCACAGGUCAACAAAGAAGACGUGGGCAGAAAUCCGCCAGCAAAGAUGGUCCUGGGCUGGCGCGCUAAGCCAAAACUCCAGCCAGAAAGAAGGCAGAUGCUCUGUGUCAACGGUCAACCUGCCCAAACACGUGGACUCUGUUAUAAACAAGCGACUGUCCAAGUCCUCCGCCACGCUCUGGAACUCCCCCGGCAGAACCCGUAGCCUUGCACUGAGUCCAUGGGAGAGCAGUAUAGUCGACCGGCUGAUGACGCCAACGCUGUCUUUCCUCGCUAGGAGCCGCAGUGCUGCCAGUGUCCUCACCAAUGGCAAAGAUGGUCACUCUCCUCUCUGUCCCCGUUCGGCCUCUGCCAGUCCCCUCACCUUGUGCGCCCACCAACCCCACCACCGCUGCUCCGACCGCUGGAGAGUGACGUCCAGCACACCCGACAUCACCCAGCGCCAACACAGGCGGAGCUCCACACCUAUGGAUAAAAACAAGAAAGAAAAGAAAGACAAGGAACGGGAGAACGAGAAGGAGAAAAGUGCCCUCUCUAAAGAGAAGGUGCUUAAGAAGAGACAGUCUCUACCCAGCAUGAGACACAGACCUGAUCCAAGUCCCAGUCCUUUAUCAAGACAACGGCCGUCAUCCCCAGCCACGCCUAAGGGCAGAACUGCGUCCCCCAGCCCUGCUGCCUCCCCCAAGCCUCCAUCCACACGUGGAAGCCCGUCGACUCCUAAAGCUCGGCCCAAAAGAGCCAGGACCCCCGCCAGGAUAGACCACCGCACCUCCUCCCCCAUCUCUCUCGAAAGAGUGAAGGAGCCUCGCAGGCCCGCCACCCCCGAACAGAGGAAGAGUUCCCCUGUGGUUCCUGCCAUCGUAGUAGCCUCAGCCGCUGCCUCACCCCAUGCGUCGAGAACGCCAGUUCCAACCACCACAGCCUCCCGCUCGCCUGAACCUGUCCAUUCAGCUCCUUCUGGCCCUGCAUCAUCGCCUACACCCUCUCCAUCAGCCAAGCCCAUGGCGGGCACCAACAGCCAAGAGGAGGCAGCUCGCAUCCUGGCAGAGAACCGCCGGCAGGCCCGAGAGCAGAGGGAGAGGGACGAGCAAGAGCGCCGCGAACAGGAGGAGAAGGAGAGGGUCCUGAGAGAGGAGCGAAUAGUGAGGGAGGCAGAGGAGAGCCGACUCAGGGAGGAGGAGGCCCGCGCCAUGGCCGAGGAGCAGCGGAAGAGGGACGAAGCCCAGCGCCUGCUGGACGAGAAGGAGGCUCAGGAGAGAGCUGUAGCCGAGCAGGAGGAGAACCUGCGCCUACAAAAACAGAAAGAAGAGGCUGAGGCUAAAGCCCGGGAGGAGGCGGAGAAGCAGCGUCUGGAGAGGGAGAAACACUUCCAGAAGGAGGAGCAGGAGAGGCUGGAGAGGAAAAGGCGUCUGGACGAGAUCAUGAAGAGGACACGCAAGACAGAUGGAGGCGACAAGAAAGAGACAAAGGCCUCCACUCUCACAAAUGACAAAGAGGCAGAGAGCAGCAAAGCAUCUGCUGAAUAUCAGCCAAAGCCAGAGGUCAACCUGCCCAAUAACAAGACAGAAAAUGGACAGACCAACGUCAAAGAAAGCAGCCCCUCAGUCCAAGUGGUCAAUGGGGUCCAGCCUACGAGACACGAAAACGGUCUAUCCACUAAAGGAGACACUGCCCACUUUGGAGAUAUCAUCCAUCUCACGAAUCACGGCAACACCACCAACGGAGCACGGGAUAACUCCGAGACCAGCAUGGCCACUGAGCCCAUCCUCACCUUUGACAGCGAGGAGUCAUUCAUGAAAAAGGCAGGCCCCAUGAAGCCUCAGCAUGUUGCAGAGGUCCUGUGACAAGUUCCAGUGUUGAAGUGCUCGUCGCCUUAGGCCACUGACCUUUCCCCAGCCCUGCCAACGCUCGCAUGGGGAGCCCUGUGACCUGUGCCAACCUUUUUCUAAGCCCCUGAAAGCAAACAUGCUUUUCUCUCCGAAGAUGAAGCGGGGCCACAGAAGAUGUCGACCCAAGCAACAGGAUGCAAAAGACAAAAAAAAAAAGGAUGAAAGGUGUUGCUGCAUGCAACAAAGGUGCGUCAGUGUUAACAUUUGUAAAAAGAUCUUUGUGGCACCGAUUCCCAUGCACCUUAAAACUCGACAGUAUCAUCCUUUGUACAUUACAGUACAGCUGAGUAAUUAUUACGAUAAGCUGAAGUGUUUGUUUUUCUUUGUUCUUUAGUUAUUUAACUGAAAGAGAAAUAUAAAAGACUGGGUACAUUUUUGUGAAUAAUGUAAAUUAACUUUGUGUGACGGACGAAGGAGGUCUGUGGAUUAAAGUUGUAUGAAAGGGAGUCAUUUUAUGCUGCUCUGCUCUGAGUAGACCCUCUACGUCUAAGUGAAACCCAGGUAUUAUACUCCUGGUCUGUAUAAAGCUACCUGUAACAGUUUUUUGUAAAGUUAAAUUGAGAAAUCUGGAUGCAACAGCUUCUUCCUGUGUGUAUACAUACUAUCUGUGCAAACCUCCGCUAUGAUUGAUUGUACGCAGAACUGGAUGUAAAAACUGAGUGUGCAACCUUCACGAUUAAGAAACCAGAGGCCUGUACUACGAAGCGACAUACCCAGGGUAUCUUCUCAUUAUCUGGCUUAACUAACCCUAUCAACUGCGAUCCCGCUAAGCGGUCCUACGACGGUGGUAAUCAACUUGGCAAGUAACCCCAGGGUUUCUCAAUCUGGCUAUGAGCGUGUUCACAUGAAAGGGGCGUUGUAUGCAGCAUGUGACCGAUCACAAACAUGGACAAGUCUACUGUCAGCAGAGCAAACUAUAAUAUUAGACUACUA